AACGUAAAGAUUGCUGACUUUGGUUAGUGGACUGUAAUUUCACUUUCCGUACAGCAUAAAUAAUGUUAAUAACCCGACGAGUGUCAUUGUUUUUUCGCUGGGCUUGUUUGCCGGUAGUGAAAUACCUUAUGCCGAACAAGUCAGGCUACUUGGUGACAUUAACAUUCUACUGGUUGUAUACCGAGAAUUUGUUUGUACCAUGAUGAUAUUGGGACAGUUAUACUUUUUAAUUCCUGAUUUGGUGAUUUAAGCGUCAUGCUUUCAGUUAUCGAUCUUGGAGUUUUUAUUCUGGUAAUUUCUCAGGUUUGCGUUAAUGAAUGGUGCUCAAAGACCUACCUUUUAAACAUCGAUUUCUUGCUUGAUUGUGAUUAACUCUACCUGUAAUGCUGCAGUCAUAGUUCUGUAUUGCGAUAUUUACUUGUUCAGUGGGGUUUUUUUUAGCGUAAAAUGUAGUGGUGUUUGUCUCUCCUUUUUAAGCUAAUUGUCUUAUGAACGUCGCUUAUUGUGGUGUUACCUGAUAUUGCCAUCAAGUCUGGUGUAUUCGUUACCAACAGUUAUGUUCUUCGUUUGCGUUUCUCUCCAUCUUAAAUCUGGUGUGUGGAUUGAACCUUGGUUGAUUUUAAUCGUGUACACCAAAACAGAUUUUUUAAAAUUUGCAUGUAUGUUUACAGUAACUUUUUAGGGUAAUCAGUUUAGUUCAUUGAUCCAACGUGAUUGCAAGGAAUUGAUUUGAUAGCAAAAAACGCUGCCUAAAUAGAAUACAGUCCCUCAAACGAAAUCGUGGCUCGACAGUUUAGGUCAAAUGUCUUAGUACUUUCAGGUUAUAUAUAGCUUGUGGAUGAUUAUUUUUAUGGUAUAUAUUGCUGUAUUACAGGACCUGGUUGUAUGGUACAUGCUUGCUUUGGUUUCCAUCCGCAACAACACCUACGUGUUUAAGAAAUACUUUUCUAAGAAGCUGGAAUAAUGUUUUAGUGCUGUUGGUUGACAUACUAUUUAACUAAGGUUUGUACAGUAGUCAUAUAGCAAUUGUCCGUAUUUUGGAAAUUUGUUUUGGCGGUAUAGAGAACUUCAGUAAUUUCAAAGUUCAGUACUGUUCUAACAGAAUAAUGUAUAAAAAAUUCGCCUUUUUCCAGGAUUGUCCAAUAUAAUGCAAGAUGGUGAGUUUCUACGUACUUCUUGUGGAUCCCCAAACUAUGCUGCCCCUGAAGUAAUAUCUGGGAAGUUAUAUGCUGGUCCGGAAGUAGAUGUAUGGUCCUGUGGAGUAAUUUUGUAUGCAUUGCUAUGUGGCACACUUCCUUUUGAUGAUGAACAUAUACCUACACUUUUUAAAAAAAUCAAAGCAGGCUAUUUCCAUUUGCCAGAAACUUUGAGUUCAGGUGUCAGGGAUCUUCUUCGAAGAAUGAUAACUGUGGACCCGAUCAAGCGUGCAACCAUAGAAGAAAUCAGACGACAUCCGUGGUUCUCAGUUGAUCUUCCUAGUCAUCUUUUCCCUCAAGAACGCGAUGAAGAUGCAUCAAUAAUUGACAAGGAAGCAGUUUAUGAAGUUUGUCAAGCGUGCAAUGCAACAGAACGUGAAGUUUUCGCUGCCUUACUAAACAAUGAUCCUAGUGAUCAAUUGUCAGUUGCUUAUCAUCUUAUCAUAGACAAUAAACGUUUCGGAUCAGUUUUAAAUCCAGAAGAAGUGAAUAAUUUUUAUGUUGCCACUGGGAUUGAUUCAUCAACCUCAUCAGUAACAGCAACAACGCCAAAUACAUCGAAUAGUCCACCCAGUGGUGGUACAUUGACUCAUUCUCAGCCUGGUGGUGGUCGAAGUCAAUCAUUAAGUCCAAAUUAUGGUAACAAUACUGGCAUGAUUGGAUUAAAAGGUAGAGGUAUUUCUCCAACACGACCUCAUCCAGAAAGAAUGCCUGAUGGACCACCGUUAUCGAGAACAUUAGAUCCAAUGGGGGAUUCGUUGACACCUGGAUCAAUUGUUACAGGUGAUUUGAAUUGUCCAAGUCAAAUUUCUUCUCAAGCACAAUCAGCUAUUUCAUCGGGAGCUGCAGCGGCCAGUGGAAUGAAACGUUUUAAAUGGCAUUUAGGUAUACGUUCUCAAUCAAGACCAUGGGAUAUUAUGCAUGAAGUAUUUAAAGCAAUGAAUUCACUUGGUUAUGAAUGGAAAGUCGUUAAUCCGUUUAAUGUACGUGUAAGAAAAUGGAAUCCAAUACUACAGCAUUAUUCUCGACUUGUAUUACAACUUUAUCAGGUCGAUGCAAGAUCAUAUCUCCUCGAUUUUAAGUGUAUCGAUGAAAGUCAAUUAGAAUCUGAAACAGCGAUGGGUAGACUACGUUCAAACAAUAUGUCAGUAUGCCUUGAUGCUUGUAGUGGAACUCCUCCAGCUGCUAUGGGUACUUCAACAUGUAGUAGAGAUGGUAGUUUUUCCGGUAGCCCUGGAUCUGCUAGUCCAACCAAUUGCUACGAUGGUCCAAAUACAACUGAAUUUUCUCGAUCGUUUUCAGCUAAUUGUCAAGAAGUACCGAUUAACCGAAGAACUAAACGACACCAAACAAUGGAAUUUUUUGAAAUGUGUACUGAACUUAUUACUACAUUGGCUCGAUGA